ACCAAAGGAACGCUACCUUUCAACAAGCCACCAUGUACACCAAGGUCCUGCUCUUUUGCCUUCUGGCCGUCGCUGCCUCUGCUCCCGUAGAGGAAUACCCACCACAGCCAUACAGCUUCAGCUACGACACCACUGACGAGUUCGGCACCCGCCUAACCCGCGAGGAGUCCGGUGACGCGAACAACAACAAGGUCGGCUCCUACGGCUACACCGACGCCAACGGCAUCUCCCGUACCGUCAAGUACACCGCUGACGCCGAGGGUUUCCAUGCCACCGUCGAGACCAAUGAGCCAGGAACUAAGAGCUCCAACCCAGCCGAUGCCCUGUACUCCUCCGCCGCUGUUGAGGUCACCCCGGUUGAAGCUGCCCCUGUCGUCGCCAAGCCAGUUGUCACCGCUGUAAAGCCCGUGGUUGUUCAGGCUGCGCCUGCCGUUCACCCUGUGCACCCAGUCCCCGUGGCCCCACUCACCCUGGUACACCAAGCUCCAAUCACCGUCGGCAAGGCCAAGGCAUAAGCGAAACAUCUCCAAACGUCACAAGCUAAGACUGCGGAAAUAAACAAGCUGUUCACACACGAAUAUUGAGCUGCGGCUGGCCGACCCGGCCACUCAUCGUCAACCGUGGCUGAGCACAUGCUCCUAGGAAGAAUUCUACCCACAGGUUUUUCUAUUCUGUACUGUUAAUAGUUAAGGCAGAAGUUUAUACAUGUUCCCGUUCAGAAAUCUAUUUUAAAUAAAUAAAAUUUUAUUAUCAAUUCA